AUGUCUAACAGAAGAAUAAAGGUACGUGUCAAUGGCUACUGUUCAUUAGACAACACAAUCGAAAACGGUGUGCCACAAGGACCUCCAAUUUCAACAAUGUUGUACAAUACUUACGUAAAUUCGCUUUUAAAUGAAUUGAACACUGAUGGUGAUCCACAAAUCAAAUCAACUUUAACAUUAGCCGACAACAUUUUCGUUUUAAGUUCUGGUAGCCCAGAAGAAGUUGCCCAUGCGCUCAAUCAAAUUAUACAGAAAGCACAAACUUGGUGCACAAAUACUGGAGCUAAACUACCUAUUGAAAAAAUGGAAGUUCUGCAUAUAUGCAGAAAAAGAUCUUGUCCGAACAGAACUAUCAAUCUUAACAACUCUGCUUUUCCCCUUAAAGAAAAAUUAAGAAUUCUUGGUCUGAUUUGCUCGAAAACUUGGAAAUGGCAUGCACUCGCGAAGUUUGUAGCUGACAAGCUCAACAAAUCCUUGAAUCUACUCAAAAUUAUCUGCCAAAAACACAAAGGACCGCACCAGAACACAUCUAUAAAUAUAGCACAAGCCCUCAUACGGGGUGCCACACAACAUAGCCUUUCCAUCUAUUCACACUGGACAAAAGGGAACGAUCAGAUGAUCCAAAUCAAAAUGAAUGCACUACUACGAAAGUCUGUUGGAGCUCUACCAUCUACACCUAUUGAUGCUUUAUUGGCAGAAACAAACACACCAUUUUUUUUAGAAACGAAACAAAUUACACAAACCAAAAUUGUUAUACAGAGCCUCAUAGACUGCAAACAUCCGCUACACGAAAUAUGCAGAACUGGUUGCACAGUUUCCAAAAAAACGAAAAUAAAAAGUGCACUCUAUAAUUCUAUCCGAUACCUCACAUUUACUAAUAUCACUAUACCAGAAAUAGUUAAUUACGACGUAGAUUCAACACCUUGGCUUUUCCCAAAAAGCACCAUUGACAUAUCUCUAGCCAAAAUGCUGAAGGAACGAACCCCGCCCGACAUCUACAGAAAAAAAUUUGCUGAAAAAAUAACUACAGGACAAUUUAAUUGCAUACUAUACACAGACGCCUCGACAGCAGAAGAAACAACAAGUUAUUGUGUAUAUAGAUACGACAAUAAAUGUGACAAGAUCCUCUCACAAAAACUUACAACCCCAAACCAAAGUCCUUUUGUUGGAGAGGUAAUGGCAUUGGUUGAAGCAUUCCAAAUUGCCAACAGAAGACAUGAUACAACCGCUAUUUGCAGUGACUCUUUGAGUGCAAUACGCAAAAUACUCAACAACAAAAACAAAACACCAAUCUUUCAUCUUCUACGUUCAAUUAUCCGCUCCAACUUCCCUAGAAUUCACUUAAUAUGGUCCCCAGGACACACAGGAAUUCCAGGAAACGAAACGGCAGACUUUGCGGCUCGUGAAACCAUCAAAAUGCCUUUGGAAUAUAUAAUACCCCCGUUUGCAUCUUCAAUGUUCAAAAUUGUCUCUGACAAUAUACGACGAGAAGCAUAA